AUCAAUCUGAACAUCAAUUUUUGGUUUUCUAUAUAAUAACAAGCCGUACACGGAUAUAAACUUCAGUCCAUGCAUCUGCAGGCUGGCAAUUUCUCCAAUUUCUCUGAUCCUUCGCCAUGAUACCUUCUUCCGCGAGUGGAGGUGCGCCACGAAUCCCCUCAUGGAAACGAUUAGGCUUAAAGUUAAAGUCGGCCCAAGAUUCCUUAGAUAUCAAUUCUCAAGCCUCAAUUACCGAACCUCUGAGAGAAAUCGAAAUCGCAAAUAGGAAAAGACCAAGAGACACUGAGUCCGAGCACGAAACGUCUUCGAAAAAGUCGAAAAAUCUCAACUCUCAUCCUACCUCUGAACUACUACGACCAUUCGCUUCCGAUCCAAUUACUACACCCAAAAAAUCUGCGCUAAAGAAGUCAGUCACAUUCACUCCAGAGACAAAAUCCCAAGAUGGCGAUAGUAUCAAACAGUUAUACUUAAGUUGGGUAGCCGAUCAGAAGGCUCAAGACGACUUUUUCUACGGUCCUUCCACUAGCCAAGCUUUUGAAACUCCCGCGCCACCUAUAGUCGAAGAACAGUUUGAUACCACACUUCCGGAAAAGGAACGAAGGGUGAAAAGGGUGAAGAAGCCAAAAUCCGAAGACAAACCACAAAAUGGUGCAGAUGAGAAGGAUUUGAAGCCUCAAAAGUCAGUAAAGAAGUCGAAAGUCUCCAAACCUACCGCCGCUCCACGUCCGUUCUUAGCGUAUCUAAGACAGUAUCACGAAUCAAGGGAGACGUGGAAGUUUAAUAAGAACCAUCAAAAUCAUCUACUGAAACACGCUUUCGACGUUGAGGUCGUUCCUUCCGACCACGCUUAUCUCCUCUACGAGUACGUCAGAGGCUUGCAGGGAGGGGUCAGAAAACGACUCCGAGACGAGGCAUUAGCUAUCAAGGUGAAAGAUCGAGAAUCAGACGCUUCCGGUUUUCCAGCGACAAUGGCAGACAGUAACAAAAGACAACGAGAGUACGAUCUCGCUAUGAACGAGUAUGUUGCGUCAAUGACUGCCGGUGACGCAUCUUCUCAAAUGGGAUACGAAGAAGGGGUACUCAUGGGGUUAUCGGACGUAGCAAUGGCUCCGAGAAUGGUCAAAAGAAUGAGAGCUGAGAAAUUUCUUGCUGAAUUAGGCUCAUCCUCGGAGGAAACAACAGAUACGCAAACUACAGAAACAGGAGCUGUGGUUACGGACGGAGAAAAGCUGUUGCGAUUGAACGACGGUAUCACUCAAAAGCUCGGAAGAAAAAGAAAGCAACGGACACUUGCCGCGGAUGAUUCGAGCUCUUCUGACUCGGACUCAAGUAGUGACUCCGAUGACAGCAGCUCCGAAGAUGAAUCAAUGGCAAAUGAUGACGACACGGACGAUUCAUCAAGUAGUUCAUCAAGCAGUUCAUCUGGCUCGGGUAGCGAUGAUGAUUCAUCCAGUGAAGACGGGUCGAGCAGCAGUGAAAGUGAGGACAGCGAGGACGGCACUCAACAGUGAACGAGGGCUACUAGUCACGUGUUAUCUCUCAUUAUAUACUUAUUUAUCGGUCAACGGAUAGGGUUUGAGGGCUGUUGUAAUUGGCGACGUUGGAAGAAUUUCAAUGUUCCCAUGCUACCAACAUUUACUGGACAAUGAAUGAGCCAGUGAGACGGAAUGGAAGUGAUAAUGUUCCCCCUUUUGGAUGGCCUAAAAUGUAUGGCUGAAGGGAUUAAGACAUGUUGGUGGCUAAUUAAUGGUUGUGGUUGGAUCAUCCGAUAGCCAGAUCAUCCACGACAUUGCUACGUAUUAACUGAGAUACCCCGAAUGAAAGUCAACGGGCAAUAAAGCAUCAUUGCUCUUUGACCAAUGAAAUAUCAUUUCUCAUGCAAUAA